UAUUUAACCCACUCUCGCUCCUGGUUUCCGUCUCACUUUGUAAUCAAUCAGUGACCGAUUUUCCUUCCGUAAUUCUGUUAAAAUUUUACACGAGAUCCCAGAUUUUAUUUGUCAUCACGGCGUCUUUAAGUAAAUUCGAAUUGUGAAUUUAAGAUGAAAUGAAACUUGUGCAUUUAAAUACUAAUUUUCUCUUGUGAAAAAUAGCAAAUUGCAAAACAUUGCAAAACAAACACACUAAAAUUUACAAAAAGUACAUGUGUUUAUAUGUAGUAUCAAAUUAAAGUUGCAAUUCAAGAUAACAUUUCGACACAAUAUUUUAAGAAAAGUAGUUUGUUAGAUCAGUGUUGAGGUGGUUUUAAUUAAAAUGAAGACUAACAAUGACAAAGAAAGGACGGAUUGAAAAAUUGAUGAUGAGAAUAUCAAGAAACUUCUUAUACAGAUAAACUCUCCUACAAGUUUAAAAAUAUCAAAUAUACAAUCCGAUUUGCAAAUUGACUACACCAAAAAAACUACUGACUAAAGAAAUUUGUGCCAAAAAUUAAUUGUUCGUGACGGCAUAAGUUGAAGCGAUGAACAUGUGGCGUGGCUACCAUCAGGACACGCGUGAACCCCAAGGGAAUGCCGUGGAUAAUUUGCCGGUAGAAAUAGAAAUUUUCCUAGUCACACAUGUGGCACUCCACUCUUAAACAGUCAGCCGUGGUGAAAUCAAGGCUUCUGUGAAUUUUUAAAACCUUGUUGAGCACAACAAACAUUAAAAGAACAAAGUUUUCGCGUGUUAAUUUAAUUGUCUCCGAUACGACAAUUGACAAUGCCACAAAGUAGACUUAACUGGUGUAGUAAUUAAUAAAAUAAUAGAAUUUGCCAAGUUGUUCGUGGUGGUAGGGAUGGUGUAAGUUGGAGCGAUGAACACGUGGCCGGACGGCGUGGUGGGCAUAGUUCCCAACAGGACACGCGUCAUCAUCAUCUACCCCACGGUCGACCCCCAGAUCGUGGUCGUGCCGAUAAUCUCGUCCAUCAUAAUAUUUCCCAUUGUCGUAUUCCUUGUGAUUUGUUGUCUCAGAAAGAUGGCGGCCAGGAGGAGACAAUUAGCUAGGUUAGCCCAAAGGGAUGAGAUUUGGAAUGAGCGAAGCUGUGCCUCCAUCGUGCAACGGAGUCCCCCUUAUAGCUUUAGCGGAGUGUAUCCGUUCCAGGAGACAAGUUUGGUGAAGGUACAACCACCGUGGAACUGAUGACCCCUGACCCUGACCCGCCCGAUUACAACGUGAUCAUUAACGACGACGAUCUCGACCACACCCAUUUCCACGUCCCUCCAGCAGAGACGAGUUAUUAUGCCAACACACACAUUUAGCACGAUUUAUAUAAUUUUUCCUACCAAAUGAAAAGUGAUGAUGAUGUUAACAUCUUGUCAAACAUAAUUAAUCAAUUGUGCACUAACUUAAGUUUUUACGAAUUUUGAAUAAUGAUAUUCUCAUAUUUAAUUCAGAAUUUAACCAAUAAAUAAACUAUAAAAUAAUGUGAGAAAUUAUUUUAAGAAAUAGCUUUACGAAACAUUUUUAGAUAUAAAAUGCUAAAUGUGAUGAAUAAAACAAUGAAAUUAUGGAGU